AUGGCCGAUGUCAAAGCAAAGGCGGAGGCCCUAGUGUCCAAAUUCAAGCUCGAUCGCGUCCUCAACCAAGAUCAAGCAGGACGUCGCAUCUCCCUUUACGGUUCUAUCGACGACCAGCCAGCUCUACUAAUCCUUGAACGAGCUCCCUUCCCAACCUCACAAACCUACCUCACCGAUGUUCCCGCUCAGCUCGUGCGGAUUCAGAAUCUGGGUGCGAAUGAUAUCUACCACUGGUUCAUGGGCCGUAGCGGCACUGAGACGACCAAGCCUGACGACGCCGAUUUCUUCGCUGAUCUCAAAAUCAACUUGAUUUACCCAUGUACCGAAACGCACGUCAAAAAGUAUAGCAAGCAGGGUGUUCGGUUCGUGACGGAGACACCAGAGAUUUACAAAGACCAUAUUCGACCGUAUAUGCUCAGCAAGAGGGAGGAAGGACGACUCAAUUGGGUAUUUAACAUUAUUGAAGGACGCAAGGAGGUAGAAGAUGUCAUAUACAGAACAGAGCUUGGUGAGGCCGGUGAUGAGGGUUUCCUCAUGCUGCCAGACCUCAACUGGGACCGCAAGACGCUCGAUGCGCUGCACCUGCUAGCGCUUGUUGAGCGACGGGAUAUCUGGUCGCUGAGAGACCUUCGCAAGAAGCACAUUCCCUGGCUACAGCACAUGAAGACCCAUCUUAUCGAUGCCACUGUCAAAACGUAUCCAUCUAUCGAGCCGGACCAGCUGAAACUCUAUGUGCAUUACCAGCCCACAUAUUACCACUUUCACAUUCAUAUUGUUCAUGUCCAGCUCGAAGCGGGGGCCACUCAGGCGACGGGCAAGGCAGUCGGACUCGAGGGUAUCAUGGAAACGCUGGGCGCAAUGGCAGGAGACGACGAGGCGGGUAUGGAUGGCAUUGCUAUGAGCUAUACGCUAGGAGAGGCAAGUGAGUUGUGGACCGAAAUCUUCGAGCCACUCAAGUCUAGCGGCGCAGCUUCUCGAUCGCAAUAA